AUGAAAAGUCUGGUUUGUUUAUUAGGUUUCGUGGCAAUUGCUGUGGCCAACUUGCAAGAUGAUGUCGAACAAAUGAAUCAAGUAUUACAAACUUGCCAAAGGAAGUGGCAAAUCCCCCAGGAUAUUCUAACAUACGGAGUUUCAAAGGCAAAACCGGAGGACAAGAAUAGGAUAGGAUCAUUUGCCCUUUGCGUUUAUACGACUCUAGGAUUUAUGAACCGACAAGGAGAUUUAUUAGAUACAAAUAUUAGACAGUAUUAUAGGGAAUCAGAACAGGCUGGGGAAGUAAAUAUAGAUGACAUACUGGUGAAGUGUAGACCACCUAGAGGAACUCCCGAACAAAAAGCAUUUUUCCAUGAGGAAUGUAUGGAAAACCUUCAGUCGGGAAGUCAGGAUGAAUUAGUGGAACAGUAUUAUACCAAGUGUCAACAACAAUUGGGACUUUCUGACGAAUUUCUCAAAAACAGCCAAGAUAAAACAAAAUUGGGCAGAUUCUUCUUAUGCAUAUACAGUAGUUUAGGAGUAUUAACUUCAAGGGGAGAUCUCAUUGAAAAUGAAACAACACCAAAAUGUAGAGUGUCGCCAAAUCUGUCUCCUGCACUGAAAGCGUGGUAUUAUCAAGAAUGCUUCAAAAAUGCAAUGCAAUAA